AAAAAACAACAACAUUUCACCUUCUUUUCCUCCUAGCCAAAAUGCUUGAGCACGUUUAAGUGAUUAUGGAGUGCGUUUGUCAUGUACUGAACCGAUAGUACACGGAAAAACCGGGGAGAUGAAACUUUGAAGACAACCCAAAGAGCUUCUGCCGAAAAUAUGGCUGUACGAGAGGAAGGAGAGAUUUUGCACAGUAAAAUCAGGCACCACGAUGGGGUUGGCAACGCAAACAGCACAGAGAGCUUCAGGAACGGCUAUGUGAAGAGCUGCGUCACCCCGUUGAAACAAGACCAUCAAAGGGGAUUUUUAUUCAACCUUUGUAGAUUUUGCAAUGAGGAUAUUUUAAACUCCAGACUAUUCCGGGUGUCUGCUAUCUAUGCGGGUGCAUUUGUAGUUUUUGCGGUGUCUUUUUUGAUACCUAGGAGCUUACAAAGUGAACACGGCGUCUUGGAUCUGCGGACUUUUCUGUCUCGCUUCUCGCAGUCCAUCAGUCCUCUGUUUAGCAUAGGUUGCGCGUACUUCUUUUUGACAUUUUAUCUCAGAAGGAAAAAGAGAGAAAGUAGUAGAUGUUGGCUCUUGGCACUUCCAGCAUCAUGCUACUUUGGAGAUUUCAUGGUCCUGCGGUUUUUACAGUGGGGAGAGGAGCAACAUCAGAUGCAAAUGGUGGGCAGGUUGUUAUUUGUACUGGGCUGUGUGGGUUUACUGACUCUCAUCCCCACUUUGAAACUGAAACAUAGUAUUCUGAUUUUGGUGUUCGCCAGUUUGGUGUGGCUGGUCUCGUUCACGAGUCUCAGCUGCCUGCCGCUGUGUCUGAGGCCAGUCUUAGCGUGCUUGGCAGGGGUUUCUGGAUCUCUUCUAGCGCUCUGUUUCGACCAUUACGCCCCCCCAAGGGAAGCGCCGAGUAGGAUCUCCAACGCCGAGGAAAAGGUGCCUGUGAUUAGACCUAGGAGGAGGUCCAGCUGUGUUUCUCUGGGAGAAACAUCAACCAGCUAUUAUGGCAGUUGUAAGAUGCCCCGCAGACCGUCACUGCCUUGCAUUUCCAGGGAACAGAUGAUCCUGUGGGACUGGGAUCUGAAGCAAUGGUACAAGCCCCAGUAUCAGGGGGCCGUGAGUGGAAAUGGUGUGGACCUGUCGGUCAUCAACGAGGCGCGCAACCUGGUGGCAGAGCUCCUGAUGGACUCGUCGCUGUCGCCGCACGUGGUCUCGUCCCUGCGCAGCGUCAGCAGCCUCAUGGGUACCUUCUCAGGGUCGUGCCGGCCGCGCGUCAACCCCUUCACCCCCUUCCCUGGCUUCUACUCCUGCACCGAGGUCGAGGACCCCGGCGAGCGGGGGGAGAGGAAGCCCCCAAAGGGCCUGAGCAGCAGGAACAGCCUGCCCACCCCUCAGCUCAGACGCAGCUCUACCUCCACCCUGCCACCUCAGCUGGAGACGCCCGCCUCACGCUGGGAGCGCAACAACGGCAAGAGAAGCCACCCAGACUACACCAGCAGCGGUCAAGGGUCACUCCCCAACGGGCCCAACAGUAACCUGCUGACCAUCCCCAAGCAGAGGUCCUCCUCCGUCACCCUCACCUACCACACCAUCCCCCGGAGAGCAGGCACCUCUCCCAGCCUGAGUCCAGUAAGCUCCCCCAGUCACAGCCCCCCGGUGCCGGGCUCGUCGAUGGUGACGCGCUCCCCCGUGGAGUUCCCCGACACGGCUGACUUCCUCACAAAGCCCAGCGUCAACCUGCACAAGCCCCUGGGCUACACCCUCAGCUCGCCCGACUUCCAGCAGCAGUACCGCACGCCCUCCGCCACCGCAGCGUCCCUCUGCACCAGCUGUGGCCGUCAGAUGCUGAAGAGCGCAGCGGCUGGCGGGGAGCCCGGGGAGAGCCAGGCGUCCUCGCCCACAGAGGCCCAACGCAGACGCUCAGCAGGUGAGAGUAUGGGUUUUGCCGGAGAGGGCCUGAUCCGAGAGGAGAGUGUGGAGGCCGAGCCACAGGAGGAAAAGGGUCCAGUCGCCCAGACGAGAGAUGGCCAGUCGGAAGAAGAGGAGCCCAGUCCUGCUGAGGAGGCCCAGAGCCAGGAGCCUGAGAGUGAACAGGACUUCAAGCUUGACCCCUUCCUGGAGGAGCAUGAGGAGAUCAUGGAGAAGGUCAACACCUGGAACUUCCAGAUCUUUGACCUGAUGGACAGAACAGGAGGGAAGACAGGCAGGAUCCUCAGCUACGUGGCCUACACUUUGUUCCAGGACGCAGGACUGUUUGAAAUCUUUAAAAUCCCUGUGCGGGAAUUCAUGACGUUCUUCUGUGCUUUGGAGAAUGGCUAUCGGGAUAUUCCCUAUCAUAACCGUGUCCACGCUACUGAUGUCCUCCACGCCGUAUGGUACCUCACCACCAGGCCCAUCCCGGGCUUUCAGCAGAUCCACAGUGAGCAUGUGACAGGAAGUGACACAGACUCAGACAGUGGGAUCUCUCCCGGCCGGGUGCCCUACGCCACCUCCAAAAGCUGCUCCAUCUCUGACGACAGCUACGGCUGCCUGACCUGGAACGUGCCCGCCCUGGAGAUCAUGGCUUUGUAUGUAGCUGCCGCCAUGCACGACUACGACCACCCCGGGCGUACAAACGCUUUCCUCGUAGCCACUAAUGCCCCUCAGGCUGUGCUGUAUAAUGACCGCUCGGUCUUGGAGAACCAUCACGCUGCGUCAGCGUGGAGCCUCUUCCUGUCCCGGCCGGAGUUCAACUUCCUGUCCAACCUGGACCACGUGGAAUUCAAGCGCUUUCGCUUCCUCGUCAUCGAGGCCAUCCUUGCCACUGACCUGAAGAAGCACUUUGACUUCCUGGCCGAGUUUAACACCAAGGUGAAUGAUGUGAACAGUCCAGGAAUUGACUGGACUAAUGAGAACGACCGGCUGCUGGUGUGCCAAGUGUGCAUUAAGCUGGCAGAUAUCAACGGGCCAGCCAAGGGCCGGGACAUUCACCUCAAGUGGACAGAAGGCAUAGUCAACGAGUUUUAUGAGCAAGGGGACGAGGAGGCCAGUCUGGGAUUACCCAUCAGCCCCUUCAUGGACCGCUCCUCGCCCCAGCUGGCCAAGCUGCAGGAGUCCUUUAUUACGCACAUCGUGGGGCCACUCUGCAACUCGUACGACGCCGCCGGCCUUCUGCCAGGCUACUGGAUCGACGAAGAGGGCUCAGAGGAUGAGGAGGACGCAGAAGAGGAGACGGAAACAGAUGAAGAUGAGCUGGAUGAGGAGCUUGAACCAAAAAGGAGAAAGCGCAGGCGUCGGCUCUUCUGCAACAUCAUGCAGCACCUAACGGAGAACCACAAGGUGUGGAAGAAGACCAUCGAGGAGGAGGACAAGGGCAAGCAGCAGCAGCAGGAGCAGGAGGAGCAGGAGCAGCAGGCAGAGAGCCCCAGCUUGCCCACCUCCCCCUCUGAUGACAUCCAGGUCAUUCAGGAGGAGGCAGAGGAAGAGGAGCGCCAGUAGCAUGAGGAAGAACACACACACACACACACACACACACCAUGGGCUGGAAGCUUAGGGAGCAAAACGCUUGGCUCCCUCUUCCUCUGAAUGACAUGAAGUGACACACAGACACACACAUACAAACGCUCACACACACACACACACACACAAACACACACAAAUGACGUCCUCAAGACACAGGAUAACCCCCCACUCCCCCUUUUCCGCUCGACCUCUACACGCUGAAAUGGCCACUGUGCCGACACUCAGACGCUGAUGCAGUUCACGUUCUAUUGAUAAACAAAAGGCCUUACUACUGUGAGAGGAUCCUUGCUGCAAUGGUGGGAACCCCACUCCUAUGCACUUUCACCCCAUGGAGAAUUGGAAGAGAAGGACCACAGCGCCCCGUCGACUCCUGUCCCGCCCCGCCGCGGGGACGUACCCAGAGACGCAGAGACGUUGCCUCCAUGGUCAAACUGGCUGUGAUGCUGCCUUGAACUCCUGACUCUUAACUCUCCCGUAGGUACUUCAAAAGAAAUAUAGAUCUAUUUAAAAUGAAAAAAAAAAGAUGAAAAACAUUAGGAAAAAAAAAGAACACAAAAGUGAUACACAUGUUACCAAAGCGAACAGUUCAAACAUGGAGAAAAAAAGACUUGAGGCUGAGACUAUGAUCAGGCUCCGAGUCAGGAAUAUUCUAGAAACAGAAAUCAAAUGUGCCUGUCUGAACCUUUAUGGUCUUUAGUGGUCCAAGAGAUGGACUGCUGUACCCUGCACUAGUUGUGUGCAGUCUCCCUCCUCAUGCUGGCGACACAAAACACUGUAUCAGACUCAGUCCCGGGGACACACUGACGUUUUGACUGAAAAAAAAAAAUGAACGUUAAACCUGCAUCAUUUUGGAUGCUUUUUAUUCAUGUGUACCACCUGCCUUUCAUUUGACUCUCUCUCUCU